GACAACAUUGGCUUUGGCAGUGGUGGCGCCCUGCUGCAGAAACUGAACCGAGACACCUUCAAAUGUGCCUUCAAGUGCGCAGAAAUCACCAUCAAUGGCGAAAAACGAGACGUGUUCAAAGACCCCAUCACCGACAAGGGCAAGGCUUCCAAGAAGGGUCGCUUGACACUGCAGCUGGCCUCAGAAACCACCGGCUUCACCGACGCGGACAAGUACAAGCCUCGCUCAGAUGCCAACCCAGUUCCUGGUGGCACUGGCUGCUUGCAUUACAGCACCGAUGGCAAGUUCGUCACCGUGGCCAGUGGCAGGGGAGAUCCUAAAAAGGAUAUCUUGGUGGACGUUUUCAAGAACGGCAGCCUCCUUGUGGACUACACUCUGGACGAGAUUCGAAAAGAAGCCGACAUCAAGAACGGCCCUUUUGGCGGAGGAAAGACCAGCUAGACAAUUGGACAAGAGUCGACAAGAGUCGACAAGAGGCGUUGUCUGCGGGUACCUCCCUUUUCCUAGUUGCAGAUGUGCGUCAAGCCAGGAUGACCUGGGCACACUGUUUCUAACCAUCUGCAAGGAAUGCCUU